UUCUCUUCUCUGCAUCGCGAAGACGCGAGCUCUCUGCCUGCCGCCUGCCCUGACUCCUCCCUGCCCCCUGCCCUGAACGGCGAAUCUUUCCCCCUCCAUCAGUCCAUCUCGUUCUCUCUUCUUCCCACUCCCAGGCGGCCCCAGCGAAGCACGAGAGCGACGCCGCCGCUCUCCGCCAUCUCCUCCCCGACCAGCUUCCCGACUCGCCGCCAGCCACAGUCCUCCGUCGACGUUCCUCCGCCGCCAGCUAUAGUCCCCCGCCGCUGUUCCUCUGCUGACCAGUCCACGAGCAGCCAGCAGCCGCUGCUGUUCCUCCCCUCUGAUCAAGCUGAUGGCGAGACCUACGGCUCCUCGUGGUGGACGUGGCGGACGAGGUGUCCCUACUGCUGUGACUGCUCCUCAUGGUGGGAGACCUACGACUCCUCGAGGUUGUGGUGGUGCGACUGCUUCUGUUCAGACCCAGGGUCGUGGUGGGCGGACAGGAUGUCGACCUGUUCAAACUACUGAAGCUGAACCAUCUUCAUCAACUCCAACGAUUCCCUCCCCUGUCGACAGUGGAAGUACACCUGCCGAGAGUCCUGCCGAGACUCCUUCUGUUGACACGGGCGCUCCUGAUUUAGAGACAGGUACAAAAGACAUUUUUUACUUCGAGAAAUGGUUGAAGACGACGGGUAAAACUCAUUGUUGGAAGGUGUUUAAGAAGGUGAUAGUUGACAGCAACCCGAUGGGUGAUAGUUGACUCAAGAGGUGGGCUUCCAACUAAUCAAGAUUGACAGAUGAUUAAGAAGUUGAAAGACUAUCUAAAAGUCUUCAAUGACUUGACCCUUCUAGUCUCUGAAACUAAAUAUGUGACUAUCCAUAUCUUCUUCAAGAAGCUUGUUACAGUAUAUGACAUCAUUGAGCAAUUGAAGAAUGAUCUGCAUGAAGAGAUCCAAAAAAUGGCUGAGAAGGUUGAGGAAAAGGUACAAAAGUAUUAGUUUGAGUCAUGUGUUGUGAACGAGAAGAACAUGAAGGUGAACCACUUAAUUUAUAUAGUCAGUGUGCUUGAUCCAAGAAGUAAACUUGAUUUGGUGUUCGAGGUUUUGGCAAUGAUGUAUGGGAAUGUGAAGGGAGGAGAAAUGAUUAACUGCAUUAGGUCGGAAAUGCGACAGCUUUUUGAGGUUUACAAAGGGAAGUAUGGAUCAAAAGCACCAUCCUCUUCAUUUGAGCCUACCACUGGUGAGAGCACGGCUGGUGGUGAUAGAAUUAAGCAGCUCGAGGAGAGGCUUAGGAAGUGGAAAAGGUAAGCACUUCUGCAGGAUACAAGAGGUAGCUCUGCUGAGCUUGACAUCUAUUUAAGAUGUCAAACUGAUGGCAUCAACACUCUGGAACAUAUUCGAUUCUUGCUGAGAUGGCUCGACACAUCUAUUUGACAUCUUGAGUUGGUGGUCUCGACACUCUGGAACAUAUCCGAUUCUUGCUGAGAUGACUAAGGAUAUCCUAGCUGUUCCCAUCUCUUCUGUUGCCUCAGAGGCAACCUUCAGCUGUGGCGGUCGGAUUCUCAGUCCAUGAAGGUCCUCUUUGAGUGAUAUCAUGUUGGAGACAUUGAUUUGUGCGGAGGACUGGAUAAAGUAUCAAACUACCGGGGCCGGAGAGAAUGACGAUAGGGAAGAUGAUGAAGAGAUCAUGGAUUUGGAAAGCGUUAAUACCACUUUCCAGUCGAGAAUGAAAAGUGCAAGUGAUGUUGGCAAUGUUGCCAAUGCAGAUGCAAGUCUGAACAUUCCAAAUAGGAAUGAGCAGGAGGGUGAAGAAAAUGUGCCGGCGGAAGAGUAUGAGAAAGAUGGAUAUGACGAUGUUGGUCAUGACCUCUUGCCGCAAUUGAAAGAAAAGGUUUAUGUAGAUGUUGGUUCUUCUUCUGUUGAUAAGUGAUGAUUUGGUGGUGACUUGUUGAUGCUAUUUGGAUUGGAUCUAUUGUAAUUUGUGACUUUAAGAAGUUUAUGACUUUAUGUUCUAGUAUUUGUGACAUCAAUUUG